UUAUAAACGGAACCGCCAUAUUGGAAUGAGUUGUUUAGGAGUGUAGUCCUGUGAUUUUUACAUAAAAUCUGGACUUAUACUUCACGACAAGACAUCCUUACUCUUCAUUAUUGAAAGUUGGCAGGGUUUAACUGCAACUACAAUGAUGGCAACAGAGAAGCCUCCGAGUCAGGGAAUUGAUUUGCCAAGCUUUAAUUUGUCACAGUUCAUUAACUAUGAGGAUGGGAAAACAGCUGCAGACUUUAUAAGCACUCUGCGUAAUGGCCAGGGCCAAUCAGUGGCCAAAGUGAAGGAAGAACACACUGAAGAAGAACAGAGUGUAGAGAUACAUAUUGAGAAUCAGGAAUCACCAGUUACCUACAGACAGCCUCCACCUCGAGUUCAAAGCACAAGGAAAGAGAUGACAUACACAAUCGAUCCUAAUGAACUUUUACGUGGCGCCGAAUUGUUGAUUAAAGUCCCAAACGAGUACUCAAGGUUCCGAUACGAGUCAGAAAAGACCAAAGGAAAGAAAGGCAGAACUAGGCAUGUCGAAAAUGAUGAUGCCGACAAACAAUGCUUGAUAGAGAUAAAGGUAUCACAGUAUGUCGGCACAGCUAAGGUGAUAGCUUACUGCUGUGAUGCCAAUGGAUACCUCCACCCCUUCCACUUGUUCGGUGACAACAGCUGUCAUAGAGGAGUUUAUGUACGCAGAUUCAAAUUCAGACCGGAAAAAGUCCACAGACUGACUGGUGUUUCUGUUGUCAUGCCGACAAAGGGACAGAAGGAAAAAGACUAUCUUUCCGAGAAACAAGGUUACCUGGAAGGCGAGUUGCAUUGUAAAGUUAAGACUAACCAAACUAUUGUCUUUGACAAGCAGCUGGUGCACGUGAAAGUUGUUGUGAUGUUGGAGGAGAGUGGAAAGAUAUUACAGGGAAUAUCUACUGCUCUCAACAAUAGAAAGCAGGGAACCGAGUUCCGUAUUGAUGAUAUACAGCCUUGCUCAGCACCGGCCUGUGGGAACCAAUCCCAUAAUUUUUGGAAAAACAAGGUGCUUCUGGUUGUGUCAGACAAGACAUUCUUCCCUGGUGAACCUGGCAUCAUUAUAAGACAAAGGGAUGAGCUUGGGAAAGUGGUGUGGGAAACAAUGAUGAAAGGGGAUGACCUCACAGUUGUCAAGAAGGCUGUGGUGAAAUUUGUACCGCCCCCAUAUCGGAACCCGGAUAUCAUGCACGAUGUCGAAGUAGAGGUGUGUCUUGCGGACAUGAAGACAAAAAAGGAGACUGCCCCGAUUCCCUUUACCUACACAGGCGCAGAUGAGUAUGGAAUGCAGAACAAGGCCAGAAAGAGGAAGUUGACGAUGGAUGAUCAUAACGGCUUUGCUUCAGCCCUCUCGGACCAGGAAAGUGUUGAGUUUGGGCAGCGGGCGGCGAGUGCGUACAAGAAAAGGAGGGCCCUGAUGCGUCCUAGCGAAUCUGAUGAAUCCAGCAGUGAGGGUAGCAGCUUAGCUGGUCAGAGUUACACAAUGAUGACUUCUGUCCAAGUCACUGAUGACAACACUGCAAUCUCGGUGCAGGGAGGGACACAUGAAAACAUGGAUGUUGUUCUGCACACUGCCCAGCAAGGCAAGAAUGUGCCAUUUUCAAGCUACACAAGUGCGGUCCAGCCACAGGCUGGUCAGAGUUUCUCCCAGAUGUUGAGCGAUUCGGAGACCCACACGCCUGCACCACUGUCUGGGGGUUUCGCGCCAGAACAGACUCAGGCCCAGACGGCUACAAGCCAGGUUUAUCAGACUGCAACCACUGAACAACAGGGCACAACUUCUGGGUAUGAUACGAACAUACAGACAGCAACACCGGCUAAUUCACAACUUGCUGGCACAAGUAACACAGAAUUGUCCAAUCAACUGGCAAGUCACGGGGGUGUUACCGUGGUACGUGAUGACAUGUUUCCUAACCUGCCAAAGUUGAAAUCAAAUCAACAGCUAUUGCUGAUCAAUGGACAGUUUGUGGUUCUCAAUGAUGACACCGUUGAACCAGAAGAAACCGAAAUUGAAAACCAGCCAUCAGUUUCGACACAAAGCCAACCACAACAGAAUAAGGGCAACUUGUUUAACAACUUUGCUGUUCCACGGAGACCAGCUACAACAGAGCUCUCCCAGUUGUCUGUUAACCAUGGAAACCAGCCUCAGCUCCAAAGAAACACAGCACCUUUGCCACCAUCCAUCAAUCAGACACUUGCCCAACAAAAUUCUUCAGAUCUUAUGAGCAGUGGUCUGCAGGCACUUCUCGCCUCAUGGAAGCCUGGUCCAAACCCUACACAGCAGCCACAACAACAACAACAACAACAACAGCUAUUGAGCAGUGGUCUGGCAACUCUUCUUGCUGGCAUGCCAGGCCCGAAUCCUACACAACAGGCACUACAAAACCAACAGAUAAUGUUGCAGCUAAUGACCAAUAUGCAACAACAACUACAGCAGCAGCAGCAGCAGAACCUACAACAACAGCAGCAGUCUUAUGAAGAUCCGAUACAGGGACAGGAUGAUCCCUUAAGCGACAGUGAUUUGGAAUGCGAUGGGAGAGUUGAUUCCUUUGGAGUGCAGGAAGUGGUGAUUGACAGUAACGCCACUGAUGACGAACAAAAUAUCACCCCUGAUUCUGUUCAGCAGAUAGCCAGUGUAAACAAAUCCAAUGUAAAUAAAUACCCUUACCCUAGCAAGGGAAAAGGUUCUAAGAACAUUAAUAACUCUAAGUCGACAAAAAAGACUGAAAAUACGCAACCAAUGAGAAGAUCCCGUAGGGGUUCCACAAAAAUACCGACUUGUGUAUUAGACACCAAAGACAAUGAAGGGGAUAGAUCUGACGAUCACAUGAGUGCAGACGGCGAGAGUUGAAAGUGAAAUUGAUGUAGUUCGAGGUUUUGGAAUUGAUAUUGUAGACAUGUUUGAAAUCAAUGUGAUGCUGUAUCAUAUCUAUAAAAAAAGGUUUGGAGUGUGCUGUUCUUGCCCGUAGGGUAUGUUGGACAAGUAUUCUGUAUAGGUUCAGGGCUAAACAGAUAAAGCCAUGAUUUCGUUUCUUUCUUUUGGUGGUAUUUUGACACGGGAACUAAUUGUGUACAUUUACAUUUCUAGCUGAAAAAAAUCAAACCUAAAUACUACAAAAUAAAGUAUUUGCAGGUAUGAUAAGUGUCAUACCUUUAUGUAGGUACAGAGUUAACAGAUAUGUAAAUAAAGUGAAGCCAUGUUAGUGCUUUUUCCAUGUGGUCACCUGGUGUCAUGUGAAAACUGUAGAUACCUAACUACUCAUUUGAACACCUUUAAAAGUGACAUAACGGUAUGGUGCCAUGAUUAUGCUUUUUCCAUGUGGUCACUUUGUGUCAUGUGAAAACUGUAGAUACCCACCUUCUUCUGUGAACACUCUUAAAAGUGACUGAACAGUGAUUGUGUUCCUUCCAUGUGGUCACCUCGUGUCAUGUGAAAACUGUAGAUAUCUACAUGUACCUACUUCUGUGAACACUCUUAAAAGUGGCUGAACAGUGAUUGUGCUCCUUCCAUGUGGUCACUUGGUGUCAUGUGAAAGCUGUAGAUAUCUACCUACUCCUGUGAACACUCUUAAAAGUGACUGAACAGUGAUUGUGCUCCUUCCAUGUGGUCACCUCGUGUCAUGUGAAAACUGUAGAUAUCUACAUGUGCCUACUUCUGUGAACACUCUUAAAAGUGACUGAACAGUGAUUGUGCUCCUUCCAUGUGGUCACCUCGUGUCAUGUGAAAACUGUAGAUAUCUACAUGUGCCUACUUCUGUGAACACUCUUAAAAGUGACUGAACAGUGAUUGUGCUCCUUCCAUGUGGUCACUUGGUGUCAUGUGUAAGCUGUAGAUAUCUACCUACUCCUGUGAACACCCUUAAAAGUGGCUGAACAUUGAUUGUGCUUAUUCCAUGUGGUCACCUCGUGUCAUGUGAAAACUGUAGAUAUCUACCUACUCCUGUGAACACCCUUAAAACUGGCUGAACAUUGAUUGUGCUUGUUCCAUGUGGUCACCUCGUGUCAUGUGAAAACUGUAGAUAUCUACCUUCUCCUGUGAACACCCUUAAAAGUGGCUGAACAGUGAUAGUGCUUCUUCCAUGUGGUCACCUGACAUGACAUGAAAGCUGUGAAAACUAACCUGAUCAUGUGAACACUUUUAAAAGAAAGCUACGUGCCUGAACUGAAUAAAGUCAUUCAUGUAUGUGUUAUUCCGAGCAGUUGUGUGAACUCCCAAUGACAACUGUUAAAUUGGGGUAAAAAAGCAUUCAAAUUUAAGACUUGUGUUUUGCCGAUGGAGACUUGACCAUGCGUAUUCAGUAGAUCAUUUUGUUCACUUGUUUGUCUAACUCCAUACUGUGGCAUAUCAAAGUUACUUUUGGUGCUAGGUCAAUUAAACAUCUAGCGAUCAGUCUGGUUUUAUAAAAGAAAGAAAUAGGCACAUUAAAGCAGGCUGUGAAAUAUUUUAACAUACCUGUAAUGAAUUUCAUUAAAAUGUUAAAAUUUGUUUAAAUUAAAGUUUGUUAAAAGUAUUUAAAGUUUGUAUGUAUUUAUCAUCAUAUCAUGAAUUUGAAUCAAAAUAAAAUAAUGUUUUGACCAUCUAUUGCAUUUAAUUUAAUGAAGACAGAAGGGCUCCCAUUGGUCACCAUGAGGGCAAAAGGGUGCCAAAAAUAAGGAGAGGGUGCAGCACCCUUCCAUAACUGCUACCUUGUGGGCUCGGCCCAAGAUUGACGCAAAUCCAUUUUCAGUAUAAUAUGAGAAGGCCUUGCUAAGCACUGGUCAUACAUUUUAGGUUUUUGGGUUUGUAUGUUUAAGAACAUCUAUUUAAGUUUAAACAUAUUUAUUUUACAACAAUUGCGAAACAAGUUAUUACAACAUUAUAUUAAUCACUCUUGUUGGCACGAUUUUACGCGAGAGUGUGGUCUUGUCUCGUGUUGUGGGGGGAACCGGAGAACCUGGAGAAAACCCACUUGUCUGGCUUGAUGACCACAAACCAAACUCACAUCUAUCUGAAUGUUGUUGGGUUUGUGUGGGUUUUGUGGAUGUCGGGCUACAGUGACAUUGGUGUCAUUAAAACCUCUCUGUAUAUAAUGCAUGCUUAUAACCAUCUGUGAUAUGAAAACAAUUUAUGUAUGGUAUUCUUAGUUGUAAAUUUUAUAUCAAACAAGGUAUAAUAUUUGAACACAACGAUUAAGAUCUAAAUCUAUCCCGUUUAAAAGAUCUAAAAACUAAAAAAAAAAAUUGAGUUUAGGGCAACAGUCUCAAAAAUGUUGUGUCUCAAGUGCCCUGUUUGUAGUGCAACCAUCAAGGGAACUGUGAAGGUAUACAUCGUUGUGAGAUAGAAUUGUAUUGGAAAAACUAAGUGCUAGAAAUUUCUCUUGCUACAAGGGCUGACAGAGGAAAUAUAUUGUAUUAAUAUUACAUUUUAUGUACACAAAUUUGUGCUUUGUUUUGUUCAGAAUUCAUAUCAAAGCGGAAUCUGUAAUUUUAUGACAGCUGACAGGUUAAUAGUUCAAAACUCAUUAAAAUCAUGUAUAGGAUUGCAUUGUAUUGACAUUUAAAUGUCGAUCAAUAUCUUGGCAACUGUCAAAGGAUUGUAAAACAAAUAUGUUCAAUAUUCAAGGAAUUCGCCAACUUUCAAUAUCAUAUUUAUCUUCUUGGCACGUACACAAAGAAAUCUGACCUAAAAUAUAUAUUUAGACAUUAAUAACACUCGCAUGACUCGAGCUAUUUUAAGUCUUUAGGUGGGAUCCUAGUCUGGUUUUCCGAUAUCAGUAUGGAUUCCCAAGAUUUAAGCAGGGUUUAGAAAACAGUGUGUUAUUUUUGGGGAUUUUUUUUUGUCUGAGUAAUACAAUAAACACAUUCAUGAAUCUUUACUUUAGACAUUAAAAAAAAACAAAUGUGAAAAAUUUGUACAAUUACGUCACUUUUACAAACACAUCACAUUCUUUCCUUAUAAUCCUUCUCAGAGCAAUGUUUUGAAGUUCUGACUAGAUAUGUUUCAUAUUUUCUGGAGCUCAAAGAUGCAAUGCUAAACUAAGUCCUUAUGACAUUUGUUAAUGAUUUCCUAUUAUAUCUGAGUCCAAUACAUUUUGAAUGUUUAUGAAAUAUUGGCCGACUGUUCAGAACUUUGUUAAAGUUAACUACAAUGUUAACAGCAACAUUGUUAACUUCUAAUUUAGGUUAACUAUUUUAAAAUGUGCUUAUAUAUUGAACUAUAGCAUAUACAGCUGAAAAAGUUGUCUCAAUUGUUUAAAGAAAGACUAGUACUACAGAAUUUUUAUUUGUGUUUCCAUGAAGUUUCCAGUGAAGUAUACAUUUGGAGUUAACAAUGAUGAGGUUAACAAUUUUGUGAACUUUAACAAAAAGUUUUAACUAUUUGGAGUUAACAAUUUGGUUAACAACGUUGUUAACGGUUACAAAGUUCUGAACAGUCUAACCAUUGUUAAUGUAUUGUUUUUGUUAUUUAUUGGAUUCAGAGGAUUUUUUUGUGAACUUUAACAAAAAGUUUUAACUAUUUGGAGUUAACAAUUUGGUUAACAACGUUGUUAACUGUUACAAAGUUCUGAACAGUCUAACCAUUGUUAAUGUAUUUUGUUAUUUAUUGGAUUCUUUAUCACAUUUUAUACCUAUGAUAACAUGGUUAUGACUUUUAUGUUUACAUACAUGUUAUGUCAUCAGUAUUGUACAGUGGUUAAGACUAUUGUAUUACAUACAGACAUGUACUAUUUAUGGCUAUCAUUUACUAGUUAAAAAAUUGUGAAUGCAAACAUAUACCAGUUCUAAAAUAAACCCUGAAAUAGCUAUUUUUAAAGAUGACUUCAUUCUGAAAGUCGUCACUAGUGUAUCAGUUACAUUGAUGUCUCAAAUUGCUGAGGUAAAUGUCAUGUCAUUAUCUAAAGGUUUGAAGAUAUUUAUGAGAGAAGUUUUUGUAUUAAUACGCAGUUUCUUUUUACCACUAGUAUAAUUCAUUUUUACAUUAUAAAAUUGAUUGCAUUGACGCAUGUAUAUUUAUUUGUUUGGAUGUUUUGUGGAUUUAUUGCUUUGAAUCAUAUCAUGAAAUAAAGCAUUAUUAUUUG